CACCUGCAAACCUCUUUCUGCUCUCAUACUGGCAGAAACAAAUCUCUGAACACAGCGAGAGUUCGGCAAGAGGGGAUUUGAAUUUGUGUGUUCGUAACUCAGUGGAUCUGAAUCGAUGAAAAGAUGACCAACUGAAGACUGAAAAAUAAGACAAGGGAAAAAAACAAGAUAUCAUCAUGUCCGGGAGCGAAGACAAAGGUUCAGCUGAGAGUGAAGAUGAACUGAGGAUUGUUCUUCUGGGAAAAACUGGAGUUGGUAAAAGUUCAACAGGAAACACAGUCUUAGAAAAAGAGGCAUUUAAAGCAGGAAUAUCUGAAGAAUCUGUUACUAAAGAGACUCAGAGAGAAUCAUGUGAAAUCAAUGGCAGACGCAUCACUGUGAUCGACACUCCAGGACUGUUUGAUACUGAACUCAGUAAUAAGGAGAUCCAGAGAGAAAUCAGCAACUGCAUCUCCAUGAUUCUGCCGGGACCACAUGUGUUCAUCAUCGUGCUCAAUUUAGGACAGAGAUUCACUAAAGAGGAAGAAAAAUCAGUGAAGUUCAUCCAGAAGACGUUUGGUGAAAAAUCUCUAAUGUUCACAGUUGUGCUCUUCACCAGAGGAGACUUCCUGAAGGACAAAACCCUUGAAGAGUGUUUGGGAAAACCUGGAUCUGUGGUCCGAAAACUGCUUGAAACUUGUGGAAACAGAUUCCAUGUGUUCAACAAUAAUGAGCCUGAAGACCGAACACAAGUGUCUGAUCUACUGGAGAAGAUAGACAACAUGGUGAAGGCAAACGGAGGAAGCUUCUACUCAUGUAAGAUGUUCAGAGAGAUGGAGAGAGAAAAACAAGAACAGCAGAUGAAGAUCCUGAAGAACAGAGUCAGAGAAACAGAAGAAAAGAUGAAGAAACUAGAAAAAGAGAAAGACAAAAUGAAGAAGGUGAAGGAGGAAGAACUGAAUCAGGAAGAAGAGAUGAAGAGAAGAGAAGAACUGAAAAGUCUAGAAACAGAAAAGGAGGUUUUAGAUGAACAGAUUCAGAAACUCAAGAGUGAAAUGGAGGAAAUAAUGAAAGAUAGUAAAAAAAUAAAGAAGAAAUGAAGAGAAGCUAUUUAUAAAAUUGAAGAAACAGACCUUCCAAACAGAACCGAAGGAGAC